AUGGACUUGACCUUUGGGGGGCGCCCCAGACCAGGUUACGGAGGGAGCCGAGCGGCGCUGGAAGGAGCCGAGUACCUCCGGAAAAACCCGAGUGUGGGCGGAGCGGCCAAGCAGUGCCGGGAGUACUUGGGCGGGGCCUGGCGCCAGGCGCGGCCCGAGGAGCUGAGGGUUACUCCCGUGAGCGGGGGCCUCAGUAACCUGCUGUUCCGCUGCUCACUCCCGGACCACCUGCCCAGCGUUGGUGAUGAGCCCAGGGAAGUGCUGCUUCGGUUGUAUGGGGCCAUCUUGCAGGGCGUGGACUCCUUGGUCCAGGAGAGCGUGAUGUUCGCCAUCCUCGCUGAGCGGUCACUGGGGCCCCAGCUCUAUGGUGUCUUCCCCGAGGGCCGGCUGGAGCAGUACAUCCCAAGCCGGCCCCUGAAAACGCAAGAGCUCCAAGAGCCACUGCUGUCUGCAGCCAUUGCCGAGAAGAUGGCCCAGUUCCACGGCAUGGAGAUGCCCUUCACCAAAGAGCCCCACUGGCUGUUUGGGACCAUGGAACGGUAUUUAAAGCAGAUCCAGGACCUGCCCGCCACCGGCCUCCCCCAGGCAAACCUGCUGGAGGUGUAUGGCCUGAGGGACGAGAUGGGCAACCUCAGGAAGUUGCUAGAAUCCACCCCGUCCCCAGUGGUCUUCUGCCACAAUGACAUCCAAGAAGGGAAUAUCUUGCUGCUCUCCGAGCCGGAAGACACCGACAGCCUCAUGCUGGUGGACUUCGAGUACAGCAGCUACAACUAUAGGGGCUUUGACAUCGGGAACCACUUCUGUGAGUGGGCCUACGAUUACACGCAUGAAGAGUGGCCCUUCUAUAAGGCCAGACCAGCAGACUACCCCACUCGGGAGCAGCAGCUCCAUUUCAUUCGCCAUUACCUGUCAGAGGUAAAGAAGGGUGAGGCCCCCUCCCCUGAGCACCAGAGGGAGCUGGAAGAACACUUGCUGGUGGAGGUCAAUCGGUAUGCCCUGGCCUCUCAUUUCUUCUGGGGCCUCUGGUCCAUCCUUCAAGCGUCCAUGUCCACCAUCGAGUUUGGUUAUCUGGAAUAUGCUCAGUCUCGAUUCCAGUUCUACUUCCAGCAGAAGAGGCAGCUGACCAACCCACACCCUGAGUCCUGAGUCCCUGCUGCACAUCUGGGUGCCUCCGAGCCUCCGGGCAGGCCCUGGCAGGGGAGGCUGAAAUGUGUGUGUGUGCCCUUGGCAAGGAGCCCUGGGCUAUGACCCUUCAGACAAUAAACUUCUUCAGACCAAA